AGAAAGCAAACUCCGGGCAACCAUCUGGUGAAACACUCAAAGAUUCAUCCUCCCUGCCCAAGGAUUCACCGGGUGCACCGCAUGUCACAACGACAGAGCCAUCAGCAACACCAUGACCACAAGAGAGAGGGUUUUUGCUGCUAGCUAGCAUUGACCAUUUGAAGAAGACAGUGGGCAUCAACAUGAUGGAAGAAGAAGCACUUCGGUACAAGUCUGACGGGAAGGUUGGCAAGGAACGAAUCGCAGUGGAUGGAGGGUUUUGUGGAUGUUCCUUUGGAAAUGUCACUACCGCCAAAGGGUAUUGCUUUCUCGGAACAGCGAGGAGCGCUAUAGUAAUGUCCAAUAUCUUCCUGGGAACAGCACUUAUAUUCCUUGCUAGCGCCGAAGUAGGUUGCGUUGAGGUUGUCGAUGGAAAGGCCAAAGCAACGGAUACCUGCAACCAAAGAGUGUUUGGUCUCUUCCAGCCAGCAGUCCUUAUCACCAACAUUGCCGCAAUCUCUGGAUUCGUCUCCGCGUUGCUCAUGCCUGUGAUCGGCGCCGUCAUUGAUUUCACGCCCCAUCGAUGGAGCACAGGAGUUGUCUCUGCUUUCCUUUUGACAGUCAUUCAGCUCAUCCAAAUAACCACAAACACUUCCAAUUGGUUCACCAUGGCAAUUUUGCAAGCCGUCAUGGGACCGCUGUACCACGUUCAAGUCCUCGCUGCGUUCUCCUAUCUUUCGGAUAUGUCUAGAGUCGUUGAUGAUCAAACAUGGACAAGGUUCACUACUAGCUUUACAAUGGUUCAGUUCAGCGCCGAGACACUGUUGCUGGUCGUUGUGGUUGGCAUAUCCCUGGGAUUGAACAUGGAUGAUGUAGAAACUGCCCACGUUGCCCAGGCUGUCAGUGGAUCGUUCAUUGUGGUCACAUUCACAUUAGGAUGGUGCUAUAUGCCCAAGGUGGAAGCCAGGAAUGUCUUGGAAGAUGGCAAAAGCCUCGUUUGGGAGGGUUUUGCCCAAAACUGGAGGACAUGGAAGCAGAUCAAUUUGCAUUACAAGCGCAGCUUAAAGUGGUUUCUGCUGGGGAUUAUGUUUUCGGAGCCUGCAACCAAUGCAUUCACCGUUGUUUCAGUGGUAUUCUUGAAUGACCAGCUCAAGAUGGCAGGAAAUGAAAUUGGGCUGAUGCUCUUGAUGUGUCUCAUUGCCAUGAUCCCUGGAAGCCUCGUGUUUUAUUGUGUUGCACAUAGUACCAACCCCAACACAUCUCUAUGCUUUUCCAUGAUAAUGCUUUUUAUCAUUGCCGUGGGUGGUGCAUUUACUCUCACACCAGAGAAUGCAUUUCCUUGGGCUUAUAUUUGGGGUGCGUCAAUUGGUCUGAUGUUGGGCUGUUACUAUCCAAGCGCCAAACUGUUCUUGAGUUUGGUGGUUCCACAUGGACAGGAGGCUGAAGUGACUGGUUUUUAUGUGUACUCUUCGCAGCUUUUGGUGUGGCUUCCUCCACUGGUUUUUUCACUCUUGGUAGAGGCUCAUGUGGACCAAAAGUUUGGUGUGCUGGCAGUUGGCUUGUUUGGUUUGGUCUCCAUUUUCUUCUUCCAAAUGGCAGCCCCUUUCCCUGAGUUGUUGGAUGAAAUACACAACAAGGACAAGCUUGAGUCUUGGAAAAGUCUAAAAGCACAGUCUCCAAAGGCGGCAUCCUUUGAUGGGGGCAAGGGUACCAUGGCAUAGCCACCACAAAUAAUGGGGAUGUCUGUGGAGAGAAACCUACUUGCCCCAGCUAGCUAGACUAGUAGUCUGGCUACUACUAGCUAGCUAGUACAGUACCCAGAUUGAAGAUUCGGUUCGAUUCGAUUCGAUUCAUUUCCAAGGUUUCCAAACACCAGCUGGUGCAUGUGGUGCGGUGCCGCAACGAUGCUGCGACUGGGAUCCCGUCUCUGACUCGACUCGACUCGUCUCCGUCUGAGCUGCCAGCUACUACGUACUAGUACGACUGUAGUACUGUAGCUACCGUACUUAAAGGUCGCGCAAACGCAAUCUGCGCGGUUUUUAGGUUUUGUUUCUUAAUCUGUUUUCAAAAGAUUUAUCGUUUCUAAAGAAGGAGAUUUAAUCGCUUGAUUUUAAAUUGCCCGGGAUCCUGCAUGAAAAGGGGCAAUGCAGCGUUGCAUGGAUACCAGCACAUGUACUGUAGUGGUAAUGGAUGCGG